AUGGAUUUUUGUGGUAUUGAUGACUCUGAUUUUUCCUGUUCAUUCACCUCUCUUGAAGAGUGCUCUGCGAUUUCUUCAUCAAAUUCAUAUGUACCAAACAUGUUCCCAGAUGAGUUUUUUGAUCUUGAAACUUUGGUUGAAGAUAUUCAAAUCUAUCCAGCCAUGGAUGGGUUCGAGACUAUUCCAACUGAAGAAAUUGAGGAUAUCUGUGAGUGGAUAAAUGGGAAUGAUGCUGAAGGAAAUGAAUUGAGUCCUUGCCUUUCUUUAGAAUCUGGCCAGAACUCCAUAGUAUCUCCUUUCAUGGAUGAGAUGUCGCUACUAUUGCCAGCCGAUGAGAUGCAAGUAGAUGAUCAAUUGGCUCUCCUCCAUCUAAUGAGGGCUUAUGGAGAAGCCAUGGAUAAUGGAGAGAAGGAGUUAGUUGAUGUGAUUGUAAAAUCAAUAAACGAGAAAACAAAUCCCCUCGGCAACACCAUGGAACGUGUGGCAUACAACCUAUUCCAGUCCACAGAAAACCAAGGUGAAUAUCUAAGACAGGAGUCGAGCAAGAACUUUGUAGCUGCAUUCAAGGUGUUAUACCAGAGCAUUCCAAACGGGAGGUUUGCUCAUUUCACAGCUAACUCGGCAAUCCUAGAAUCUGUCCCAGAUGAAGCAGCAAUAAUACAAAUAGUAGACUUCGACAUGGGAGAGGGGAUUCAAUGGCCUCCACUGAUUGAGGCCCUGAGCAGGAAGCAAAAGGCCCUGAGGCUCACAUCAGUAAAAUCAGAAGAGGAAUGCACCAGUUCCUGUUGGAACUUUGAGGAUGCAAAGAAACGGCUUCUCGCACAUGCAGGACAAUAUGGUGUAAAACUGCAAAUAGAAGAAAAAAGCAUUGAGGAUUUUGCUUUUGAACUUAUGAGAAUGAAGAAAAGAGGACAAGGCCGAGAAUGGCUGGUUUUCAACUGUAUGGUGGGACUUCCACAUAUGGGAAGGAGAAGGUCAAGAAGCAGCGUAGCUCAUUUUGUGAAAGUGGCCAGGGAAUUGUUAGCGAAUCUUAAAGGAAUUCUGACAUUUGGAGAUGGAGAAGCAGGGGAGAGUCUGAACACUUGUUGCAGUUACACUUCAUAUUUUGACAAUCUUAUAAGACACUACCAAGCUAUUUUUGAGUCAUUGGAGGGAAGUUUCCCAGUUUAUCUUGCAGAAGCAAGAACAGCCAUGGAAAGUCUUUUUUUAGCACCAUUAAUGAGUCCAACUGGUUGGUCCAUGGACUGGGAGGAGAUGACAAAAGGUCGUGAUCAGGCAGAAACCCAGUUGGAGGGCCGCAAGCUGAGCCAGGAGAGCUUGGCUGAAGCUAAGCAGAUAGUGAAUGAAAGAGAGAACUCAUACAGGGUCACAAUUGAGAGGCUGAGAGAGAACGAGAUGGUCUUGAGAUGGAAGGAGACACCACUAGUAAGAGUUUCCACGUGGGUGUGA